UGUACCCUAUGCUCCUUCACACGACAAAUCUCUGCCCUAUGCAAUCCCCUGCCUGUCUGCAAUGCUAUCAAAAUCAGAAUUCUCUUGAGACGAAAGAUCAUCACCACCACGAUCUUUGUUUGGAUGGGCGGUUAGAUGCUUUACCAUGAAUAAGUGGAGGAUGCGUCAUAAAUACACUGUAACUCGUUACCAUAUCUCUAAUCAGUUGAUCUCUAGUCACGUCCUCGCAGUUUUGCAUCAAAGCGAGAAAAGAACAAACUCUGCUUGGCCGUGGAGAGAGUAGACAGUGAACCCUAAAAAAGUAAAGCAGUGAAAAAUCAUUUUGCCCGGAUUACGAAAACCCAGUCCUUUUCGUUUUUCGAUGACUCUUUCUAUUGCUAUCCUGCGCCGAAAUUUCGCAAUUAGUUUCUAAUCUUAUGGAUUAUGGAGUGCGGACCACAUUAUGCUCUACUGAUCCAAGAGAGAUGACACGUGCGUGUAUAGUCCACGCCUCUUAACAAUAAUGUUAAAAAUCCUUCACUUUCAUUUGCAGACUCUCCAGGUGCCGUCUCCAAAUCAUUAUUAUACGGUUGAUGAAACGUUGUCUGCUGUGAGUCAGUGAUUCGAUGGCUGUGAUUUAGCUGUUAUACAAUUUAAAAUGACAGGUAUGUGAUUUAACGGAACCCAUGUGAAACUGGGAUGUUCGAUUAAUCAAAUUUGUCCAGACGCAAAACAAACCUCCAAACCGAAAGCAACGAAAUGACGGAAGGUGGCGCAUUUUAAGCGCUGAAAUAUAGCCUGCGCUUUCUCUUUGCAGUAUUAAUCCACCAUUUUCCCUCUCUCUUUCUUCCUCUGCUCUAACUCUCUCUGUUUGUUUCUCUACUACCUUCGGUUUCUCUCUCUCUUUCUUGGCCAAGUAACUGUUGGUGGUGAUGGUGGUGUUAGUGGUGGAGGAGGAGCAGCUGACUCAUUCACAUUCCACAGAAGGCGUCAGCAUCAGGGAUUGAAUACCGAGAGAUACAUAUAUUUCUCUCUCUCCAUUUCUCAUUCGCCUGCUCCCUGUUCUCGCCCACUGUCAGAUCUCUCUUUCUUGAGAUGUUACUGUUAACCUUGUUACUCUGUUCCCCCCUCCCUCUAGUCUAGUCUAAUCUGUCAUUUCCCUUCUGUCCGUUUCUCUCUCUAGGGUUUGGCUCCUUUAAGGCUUGACCUGGUUUUGUUUCAUUUUAUUUAUCGUGUGUCGUUCAUAGUCUCUCGUGCUGGAGAUGCGUCGAAGAAGAACCUUGGUUUUAAGUACUUGAUGAAAAAUGUACCUUAUUUUGUGGUGUAAUAAGAUACAUUAUGAAGAAUUUAAGGCAAUGGGCAGUGGCAUUUGCACCUGGAAAUGAAGGAGAGGCAGCGUUGGAGAGCUGAAGAGGACGCUUUGUUACGUGCAUAUGUUAAACAAUAUGGUCCAAAAGAGUGGAACCUUGUGUCACAGCGCAUGAACACAACCCUAAACAGGGAUGCCAAAUCCUGCUUAGAAAGGUGGAAGAACUACCUCAAGCCUGGUAUAAAGAAAGGAUCCCUUACUGAAGAAGAGCAGCGUCUUGUUAUCCGACUUCAAGCCAAACACGGUAACAAAUGGAAGAAAAUCGCGGCUGAAGUUCCAGGCCGAACUGCUAAGAGACUUGGAAAGUGGUGGGAAGUGUUCAAGGAGAAGCAGCAAAGAGAGCAGAAGGAAAAUAACAAGACAGUAGAACCAAUUGACGAGGGCAAAUACGAUAGGAUUCUAGAGACUUUUGCGGAGAAGCUAGUGAAAGAACGCCCUACUCCAGCAUUUGUCAUGGCCACUUCCAAUGGGGGCUUUCUUCAUACUGAUCCCCCUCCUGCACCAACUCUGCUUCCCCCCUGGCUUUCCACUUCCAACAGCACAUCAGCUGUCAGGCCACCCUCCCCUUCUGUAACACUAAGCCUCUCACCUUCAACAGUUGCUGCACCGCCUCCUUCAAUCCCCUGGCUGCAGCCUGAGAACACUGCUUUUGUUUUAGGAAGUUUGCCACCCCAUGGAUCAGUCCCUGGUGAGAAUUUGAUGGUAUCUGAGUUGAUGGAGUGUUGCAGAGAGUUGGAAGAAGGGCAUCGUGCAUGGGCUGCACAUAAGAAGGAAGCUGCCUGGAGGCUAAAAAGGGUAGAGUUGCAGCUGGAGUCAGAGAAGUCAUGCCGGAGGAGGGAGAAAAUGGAAGAGAUAGAGUCAAAGAUCAAGGCUCUUAGGGAAGAGCAGAAGGCCUCUCUUGACAGAAUUGAAGCAGAAUACAGGGAACAGCUAGCUGAAUUGAGAAGAGAUGCUGAAACCAAGGAGCAGAAAUUAGCUGAGCAAUGGGCUGCAAAGCAUUUGCGUCUUUCCAAGUUUCUUGAACAAAUGGUGUGCAGGCCAAGGCUUGCAGAGCACAAUGGCCGAUAAGAAAUCUAUGUGUCUGGUCGAAAUAGGUUUAAGGGGUGGCUUGCUGGUUUCGUAAGGGAAGCUUGCUUUUAGGAUGAUUU